AGUGGAAAAAUGCUAAAAUUAUUUCAUAAAUUAUUUUUAAUAUAUUUAUGUCAACUCAAUAUAUAUUUAAUUUCUGCAAAUACAAAUAAUACACACGGAAAUUUCAUUAUAAAAGAAAAAGUCAACAAUGGUGAUCCAAUAUCAAUAGCAAAUGCACCAUGGCAGGUUUCCAUACGUCUCAAAGCUUUGGAGGAAAAGUCCUUUGGGAAUGGUCAACUUUGCGGUGGAGCUAUUAUAUCACAGCGGGUGAUAAUAACAUCUGGACAAUGUGUGGUUAAACCAAAUGUGACACCCCGUGAUUAUUACCUUGGCAAGGAACUUCUCAUCGUGAUGGGUUCAUCUUAUUUAUACGAUAAAACUAUGCACACACAAAGUUACGAUGUAAUGAAGGUUGUCGCAACCCCGGGUUUCGAAUUGGCGCUGCUUUUCAUAAAUGGAGAUAUACCGAAAGAGAGCACAGUCAUCAUGCCUAUACAAUUUAGUAAAGUGGAACAAAAAACCGGCACAAAGUGCAACCUAACAACUUGGACUAGAUCAACGAAUAAUAUAACCACACUUUCAUCAGUGUUGGCAGUGACUAAAAUGCGUUUGGAAAAUAAUGCCUUCUGUUCCACAUAUUAUGCAAAUAGUACUGCAAAUACUUUUUGUGCUGAGAGCUUGUAUGGACCGGGUGCUACUUGUCAAGCUGACAUUGGAGCACCAUUAGUUUGUAAUGGCACAUUAGUUGGUAUAACUAAUUGGAAUGCGAUUUGUAACAAAAAUGACGGGUAUCCCACCAUUUUUACAAAUAUAUCGAAUUAUUAUGCUUGGAUUGUCCAUGCUAAUUCCACUUUGGAUUAUACUCAAUAUAGAAAUGCGGCUUUAGGAUUUCUAAAUAGUUAUAAUCUAUUGUGCAUUACUGUAGCACUAAUAUUUUUAUUUGUAAGUUGAUCG